AUGCAGUCUCUCAAAUCACUCUCCAUUCCUUCGCCUUAUGAGCUCCACAGGCGGUUUCUUGCAGACUCAACGAAACCCUUUCUCUUUCUCUUCUAUCAUCCUUUUUCUUCAUCCACCAAACCCACCCCAGAAACGAACUUCCCCAUUACCAAUUGGCUUAUCAACAACUUAAAAUUCUCCAAAACCCAAGCCCUCUCAAUCUCGACCCGCUUUGAUCGGGUCAAAUCCCUUGAGAAGCCCCAAUCCUUGCUUCUCUUCCUCCAAAAUCUCGGAUUCUCCGAGACCCACAUUCGGUCCGCGGUCCGUGUGUGCCCCCAAAUACUGUUCUCUAAUAUCGAUAAGACCCUCAAGCCCAAGAUCGAGUUUUUUCAGGAUCUGGGUCUCGUGGGUUCUGAGCUGGGCAAGUUUAUUUCCAAGAAUUCCUCGGUCUUGACCGUCAGUUUGGAGAGAAGAUUGGUGCCCUGCGUUGAAAUUCUCAAGAAAAUCUUGUGCAAUAAUAAGAAUAACCAAGACCUUAUCCGGGUCCUGAACCGGUGCAAUGCGGUGGUGGGGGGAGACCCUGAAUCAAGGUUGGUGGGCAACAUUGCCUUCUUGAAGAGUUGUGGGAUCGUUGGGUCACAGCUCUCGAUGCUUUUGACUAGGCAGCCUUGGCUUUUUAUUACGCAGGAAUCCAAGCUUAGAGAUCUUGUUUCUCGGGCUUUAGAUAUGGGGUUUUCUUUGAAUUCGAGGAUGUUGGUUUACGCACUUUACACGGUUAGUUGCAUGAGCAGUGAGACUUUCACGAGGAAAUUGGAAUUAUUUCGGAAUUCGGGGUUUUCUUCGGAUGAAUGUAUGGAAAUGUUUCGCAAGCAGCCUUCUUUGCUUAGGGCCUCUGAGGAGAAGUUGAAGAUUGGAAUGGAGUUCUUCAUGAAUACCAUUAAGUUGGAAAAGUCGGUGAUAGUUCGUUCUCCUUUGUGUUUAAUGCAUAGCAUGGAGGGAAGAGUGAUUCCGCGGUACAUGGUUUUGCAGAUUUUGAAGUCCAAAAGGUUGUUGAAGAGGGAGAUAAGUUUUAUUCAUACAAUGAAUUUAACAGAGGAGAAAUUCUUGGCGAAGUUCAUAGUGAAGUUUGGAGAUCAUGCAGAGGAAUUGUUGGUAGCUUACAAGGGUCAUUUAUUGCAUUCUUCUUCUGAAGAUGAUGAAUCUUAA